AGUGUAUAUUCGACUGUUCUAGUUAAGUGUUCUACUACAUAAGUUUAUUGCCAUUUUAUUUGUUUCGCCAUAAAUAUGGCGCUCACGACAAUACUUAUUGUCUGUAUUGUGGCUGCGGCUAAUGCUGGUUAUGUUUGGGUAAGCGACGGCGCCUCUGGAUAUUCGCCGUUUCAAUCAAGUUUUAGGAUGCCACAAAUACCACCAAUGCCCCCGAUGCCAGCGAUGCCACCAAUGCCACCGAUGCCACCAGGCCCUGCUUAUACCACAAUACCUACACCAUCUAUACCGUCCAUGCCUUCUAUGCCACCUAUGCCACCCAUGCCUCCAAUGCCAUCAAUGCCUACAGUAGCUCCUAUUAACCUGAAGGAGUAUACGCCUGGCAACAACGAGCAUUUUGUAGGAGUUUCCACAUCCAGUUUCAGUAGUUCUUCUAACAUUAAUGGUGUGAAGAAAGAGGCAGCUGGCACUAACACAUUAAUUAAUAAUAAUGGACAUGUCGAUGAAAAGGUCCUACAGUAUGAGAGAAAUGAUUUACCAAAAUAGAAUCGGAAACUUAAAUAGCUACUCGUUAAGAAAAUUUGAUACAUUUUCUAUAAAAGUCUGUUAAAAAUAAAAAAUUACAUUUAUCAUUUUUAAUAAGUUUAGAUUACAUUAAUUACAGUCUUAGUUCUAAUUGUUCCUGGCAUUUUAAGCCAUAAUUAAGAUUUAUCGAUUAUUUUAAUUUACUAUAUAAAGAGGUAAAGUAGAAAAAUUUACAUAAAUUUAAAGUGUCUGUUAAAGUUUUCAAAUGUUCUUCAGCUAUGUAAAGAUAAGUAUUUAAUAAUAAAUAACUUUAUUGUAU